AUGUGGCAUCUUUUGCUGCUCGUUGCCGGAGCACAGGCCUAUUUUAAUGAAAGUUGCAACGCUCUUCACUUGGCGGAAGUGUGUGAAGAUGGGUGUAACACCGAUCUAAACAUUUGUAUUGCCGGAGCGGGCGGUAAUUACGACAAAAUUCAUGAAUGCCUGCGUAUACACGAAAAUUGCUUUCAAAGCUGCCCUUGUCACGCCGUUUGUCCUUGGGGUUGUCCCUGCUAUGCGAAUGGUGGAAAUUGGGAGUGUGAAAAUACAUGCACUGAUCUAUACCACGAUGAAGCAGUUUUGUGUACAAAAUUGUGCAAUGAAAAAGCUUGCGAAUGUUUUAACGACUGCCCAAUCUUCGACUAUCCUUGCUCCGAAAAAUGUGGAUUAGCGCUUGUAAGAUGUCAUCAAAGCUGUCCCUGUGGCGCUCUCUGUCCAUGGGGAUGUCCCUGUCCGAACUUUUGCAAUGAAGCUACCAACCAGACUGCAUUGAUCUUCACACACAAAAGUUACAACGGGGAGCUUGAGUCAGAUCCUUUCUUGCUCAAAUGGAUCGGCGUCGAGCAAAUCGAUGAUGAUAAUUGGCUUCAUACUGAACCAAUUGUCUCAGAAUUUUCUGAUUUCGCCACUUAUCCUACCGAGGAGUUCCACUCGGAGUGCUUUGCUGUCUACAAAGGCCAGCAAUUCGUUUUUGGGGGCGAAAAUAACGAAGUUUACACUAUUGGAGACUGUGGUCUUCGCGUAAGAACUGGACAAGAACUUCCUCGUAUCAAAGGAGAAGAUGGAGUCGAUAAACCCGAAAAUAAGCAAAUCUGGCGAGGACAUAGCUGUACUGGAGUCAACUUCGACAUUGGAACUGAUGUUCUCGUUUUAUGCUCGCCAAGAGAACAAGGAAAUAUGUGCUAUAUUGGAAACUGGGACCCCGCCACAGAGGCUUUCAUCAGAUGGGAACGUCUUGACGAAUAUUCAACUGAAGGACACGCAGAUGGUGCUAUCGUUACGUGGAGAAACAGGGCGGUUCUUAUUGGUGGUCAGCAGAUGAAGAACCAAGAUACAUCCCCGAAUGCCGAAUCUGAAUUCUUUGUUCCAGAUCUCAGUCAGGAGGAUAGAUGGGAGCAUCUUCCCGAUCUUCCCUUCCGAGUUAUACACCACUCAGCAGUCGCUUACGAUAGAUGGAUCUGGGUCUUUGGAGGAUUACGGGAAAUUAUUGGCGGUGAAACUAUCAGCGAUCGAGCUGUUAUGAGAUUCGAGGAAGGCCUCGAGGGACAAAACUACGCCUGGGAGGUUGAAGGUCUUUUGAGAACACCAAGAGUGUAUCAUACAACUAUCUGGCAGGACGAACGCCAUCUCUUGAUCGUUGGAGGUCGAGAAUAUCACAAUGAACCAAAUUCUAAUCUUCCCUUUGAACAAUGGAUAAACGUUGGAGAAAAAUUGGGAGCCAAUGGCCAGUAUCUCAGACCAAACUUCAUCGAAGAAGAAUCAAAACAAACAAGACGUGGUCUCGAUAACCCAGUUGUUUUCAUGAUGAGAAAUAAUUACGGCGAGCAAUGUCCUGAAUUCCUUGUCUAA